AUUGGGGCAAUUUCUUUAUUCUAUUGUCUCAAAUGUUUACAGAUAAAUAUAUUGAAAAUGAAAUUAUGCCUAUAUCUAGAUAGAAGCAAAACCAUCAGUAACUAAUAAAUCAUCCAACCCACCAACCUAACAAUAAAAAAAUCGCGAAAUGGUCAAACACAAUUUUAAAUCCAAACUUACAAUGUUUACAAUAAAUGAUGUAAGAUAAACACAAGAAAAUGUAAAUAUUGUGGUUUCAUGUCAGCCCUACAUACUCCCCAGGGGGGUGUUCAAAUACCCCCCAAUCCCUAUUAGGGUCCUUUCUCCCCCCCCUUCUCUCACCGGUUAGUUAAUACUAUUCCAGUGGAGAGCAGUAGUAUUCAAGACACCUGAGUGAACGCAUAACAUUGAGAGAAUGCUAUAGAUAGAUAGAUAGAGACGUGAACAAAAUUUACAAGAAUGAUCUCGAGGUUUUCAAGUUUUAUUUUUUUUAUAAUUCUUGGAACGAGCAACAUGAUUAGCAUUUCAAACAAAGGACCCCCUCAUGCUGAUGAGAGUGAGGUGAAGUAUGUGGCUCGGGUUGGUGAGGAGGUGAAGAUGAAGUGUAGUAUAGAGGCACACCCUCCCCCCCUCGUUAUGUGGUCCAGGGAGGGAGAAACCAUAGAUCAUUCAUGGGUUAGGUAUAGAACGAGUAGAAAGAUCUUGAAGAUCAAGAGUGCUGAACUAGAAGAUACAGGGAUAUACUACUGCAAGGGAAUCAAUGGCUUCGGAAAAGCAGAGAUCAGAAUUGAUCUAAUUGUCAUAGAUCCUGGUGAAUACCCCCAGCUAGCUGAAGCUGACCUGCCUACUCUGGCUCCCCCUGUAUUUACAUCAGCUACUAGAGAUCACAGGAAAACUAUUCUCCGAGAGUCCGGAGACACUGUUAGUUUGAGUUGUGAAUCUGUUGGAAAACCUUCUCCCCAAAUUUCUUGGUAUAAAGAUAGAGAACUAUUUAGGUCUACAGGAUCUACUCUUGUUCUACAGAAUAUAGGAUCCAGAGAUGCAGGAAUAUAUACUUGUACAGCACAGAAUAUAGUUGGAUCUAUAUCUACACAGUUCAAUGUACAGAUUCUUCCGGAUGAAUCCAGCCCAGAAAUAUUCUUUGGCCCGCGCAAUAUUACAGUUGAACAAGGAGAAAAUGCGCGUUUGGAUUGCCGUGUACGCAGCAGGGAACUACCGGCCAUCAAGUGGCUACGACGAUUGACGGAGAUGAAGAUUGCUGACAUGGCCGACGAAAUUAUUUCGGUCGGUGACGAGAAAUAUAAACUUAUUUCCAGUUCACGGACGAUAGAGCUUGGUGUUGACGAGUAUAUGUCCCAGCUAGAUCUGCAGUCCGUGUCUCUGGACGAUUCUGGAAUGUAUGUUUGUUUUGUGACGUCACUGGGAGCCGGAGGGUUUAGUGUCAAAUCAUCAUUUAUACAUGUUAUUGAAAAAACCGGUUUGUUGGAUGAAUCAGCUUCCGUUACAGUUCUGAUUAUCUCUCUCGCUGUUGUACUUCUCCUCCUAGCCGCAGCAACAAUAUUCUAUUGUGCCAAUAAACGGCGAAAGGAAUUGUCCGGCGCCGAGCUCCAAAAACCCCUCGGAGACCCUAAACCCCUAGAGCAGCGUCCAAUUUUCAGGGAAAAUAACAUGAAAAUAGUUGUUAAUAAAAUGGACGAUUUAUUGAACCAAAACACGCAAUAUUUGCAAACAGCUGGUUCCCCGCUCACCAACAAAUCCGCCAAAUAUAUUCCGGAGAAAUGUGAAGAACCAACCUACGAGGUUCCACACGUUCUUCCAGGUAACCUCCGACUUGACCGUGGAGGUUAUUAUGAUUCCAGAGAAGUUAUUCGACCCAGUUAUUUUCCUCGACAAUAACUUUAUUGUUAUAAAAUCAUUCAUUCUGUUGAAAAUCCACAUGUAAAGUUUUAGUGUAUAUAUACGAUAAAUAAACGUCUUUAUCAAAUCAUAAAUAAAUUAAUAGUUUCUU